AUGUUGCGACUUCAAGUUCAAGUUCGGAAUAUAUAUCUCCAUGGAAAUCGAUUACAUCCGCCACCAACACACUGCCAGCGGCAGCUGAGGACUCGGAGGCCAUCAAAUUUCACCUGCCAGUGGUUCUACACCCGAUCUCAAAACUAUGCACAAUCUAGUGGACGGAGUGACGAUAUCAAGGACAAUUCUGUCAAGCGGGCGAAGAAAGGAGACACAAGGGAUCCAGGAGCCGCGGCAGUAGCAUCCGGGUUGGAGGAGAGGAAGGCCAAUGAAUGGAUCGCAGAUGACUCAAAGUCUGGUGCGACAACAGAGAGAGGUGGUAGUAAGCAUGCUGCAAAGGCCAAAAAGGAGCACCCUGCUGCACCAGAGCCCAUAAUCGGAAUGAAUGACGAGCGAGCUCGAAAGGGCGGUUAG